CGGCUCACAAUUAACUUUUGUUGCGCGUAUAAUGUCGGACCUUACCGCGAAAGUCAUCGCCGUCACCGGUGCUGCCUCAGGCAUCGGCCUGGCAACCGCCAGACUUCUCGCGCAACAGGGGGCCUUCCUCUCGCUGGCCGACAUUAAUGGGUCCCGGCUCAGAGCAGCCGCAGAUGGACUUCGCCAACUCUAUCCCAGUGAGGUGCUGAACACCGUGGACCCCGUUCUUACGACCGUCCUAGAUGUCCGAUCCCCGCAAGCCUGCAACGACUGGAUUCAGAGAACCGUCACUCACUUUAACCAACCUCUAUCCGGAGCUGCAAAUCUGGCCGGCGUCUUUGGCAAGAGUAUUGGGCAGGAGGUCGGGGCAAUACGGAACAUGACAGACCCGGAAGCGGACUUUGUGCUCGAUGUCAACUGUCGGGGAACGUUCAACUGUCUACGAGCGGAGUUGGUGCAUAUGAAGACCGGCACCAGAGGGCGCCAUGGAGGCAGUAUUGUCAACGCGGCGAGUAUAGCGGGGAUUAUGGGCGUCGAACACAAUGGCCCUUAUGUGGCGAGUAAACAUGCGGUGGUGGGAUGGACACGGACGGCGGCCAAGGAAGAGGGCAAGAGGGCCAUCCGCGUCAAUGCGAUUGCUCCUGGAAUCAUUGCCACGCCGAUGAUCAGUCAGAUUGAAGCAGCUGUCGGAACGACAGAGCUGUUUGGAGCAGGAGAUCCGGGAGCAUUGGCCCGAAAAGGCGACGCUG